UGUGAUUGCGCCAAAGCUGUUCAUCAAAACAAUCGUGUAGUUGUUCUCACUUCUGGUGUUUUGUGUAGUAAUAUUCACAAGUGAAAAAAAAGUCGUGCAAAUAGCAUCAUGUCGACAUUGAGUGAAGCAGAGCUUGCUCGAAUUGCCCGAAAUCGCGAAAAGGCACGAAAUAUAAAAGCAUCCAAGCUUUGUCUUCAUCCGUAUUCUCGUCCAAAAUCCAAUGAAAAUGGCGAACAAUCCAAGAAUGAAACGGCAACGACAACAAAAAGUGUAACACGUGCCACAAAGCUAAUUGACAGUGGUGGUGGUUUUCUCAUUGAGCAAGAAAUUUUUACCGAAACACCAGAAUGUGUCGAAAAACCCGAUGUAAUUGAAGAAAUCCUACCGAUUCCUGUACAAUACGAUACAUGUUUGGAAUGUAAUGAACAAUUCAUUGAGUCGUAUCUGUUGAAGAAUUUUGGUUAUUCGGUUUGUGAUAAAUGUCGCGAUCCGGACGACAAACAUUCACUUAUAACUCGUACCGAAGCCAAGAAUGAAUAUUUAUUGAAAGAUUGUGAUUUGGAUAAACGUGAACCGCCACUCAAGUGUAUCGUCCGCAAAAAUCCACAUAAUGUCAGAUGGGGCGAAAUGAAAUUGUAUUUGCAUUUAGAAGUGGAGAAACGAGCAUUAGAAGUUUGGGGUACCGAGGAGCGUCUCAUGGAGGAGCGUGAUUUACGUGAUGAAAAACGCGAUCGAGCCAAACUGAAGAAAUACAACAAAAAUAUGAAACAAUUGCGAAUGGAAAUGCGAAGCAGUUUAUAUGAUCGCACAACACAGGCACCACAUGCACAUGAAUACGGCGAAGAGACAUAUCACGAGGAAGAAGAUAAUUAUACACACAAAUGCACCAUUUGCGGUUUUAUUGAAACAUUUGAAAAAAUGUAAAAAAAAUACUCAGCCCUCAUCGGUCCACAUAAGCAACAUUAAGCAACCUUAAGCAACCCAAAAUACAUCUAUAUUAUUUCUUAAAAGUAAAUCUACUUAUUGUCCUUAAUAUUAUAAAAUUUUGUACAAAAAAACACCGUGAUUCAAUAAAUUUGCAUGAGGUCACAAAAAUUAA